GCGGCCGCGGGGUUGGCACUGUUUUCUGGGGCCUGGAGGAGGCGCCGCGCAGCGGGGGAGACAGCGGGAGGCCGCGCCUGACAGGUUUCUGGAGCAGAUCAAGAUCUUUAUCAAGAGAAUUCAACUGGAAAACCAAGAUUGGCAGACUUUGCUUUCUUCAGACAAUAGGCAGAAGCCAGACAGAAACCAGAGAUUCUUGGAACACUUGUUUUCCCUUUGGUGGACACUAAGUUCCUUUGGAAGAUAAAAGCAAGUCAAUAUGGCAGCAGGACUAAAAGGAGAUGAAGGAGCCAUUCCAGUGAUUUGGUGACAGAUCUUCAAGCAACAGUGUCAUAAGGAAAGCUGGAUCAAGGAACUCCUGAACUUUCGGGUUCCACUAAGUGAAAAAUCAGCAUGGCUCAGGCAAGUCUGCUGGCUUGUGAAGGCCUAGCAGGAGUGAGUUUGGUCCCUACUGCGGCCAGCAAGAAGAUGAUGCUCAGCCCAAUCGCCAGCAAGCAGGCUGAGAAUGGCGAGCGGGCAGGCAGCCCCGAUGUGCUGAGGUGCUCGAGCCAGGGCCACCGAAAAGAAAGUGAUAAGUCCCGGAGCCGUAAAGAUGAUGACAGCUUGGCUGAGGCCUCUCAUUCAAAAAAGACUGUUAAAAAGGUGGUUGUGGUGGAACAAAAUGGUUCUUUUCAAGUAAAGAUUCCAAAAAAUUUUAUUUGCGAGCACUGCUUUGGAGCCUUUAGGAGCAGUUACCACCUCAAGAGGCACAUCCUUAUUCACACUGGUGAGAAACCAUUUGAGUGUGAUAUCUGUGAUAUGCGCUUCAUCCAGAAGUACCACCUGGAACGCCACAAGCGUGUGCACAGUGGUGAAAAGCCUUACCAGUGUGAACGAUGUCAUCAGUGUUUUUCUCGGACAGAUCGAUUACUCAGACACAAACGGAUGUGCCAAGGGUGCCAAUCCAAGACUUCCGAUGGGCAGUUUUCUCUAUAGGUGCAAGGGGCCCUGGGUGGUGGGAGUGAUCAGAAGAAUCUACUGAAGAGUGCACCCUCUCUGGUCUGAUGGUCCCACCACCACCUCUACUGACCUGUUCCCCUCCUGGCAAAGCGGACCCAGGAGGCCAGAAGAAUGCUUCAGGGGACAGUGACUCCAGAGCCUGCGCUCUGUAAAUAAUCUGAGACUAUAAGCAUCUCGGGAAGUUUCUGCAGCAUUCCUGGGUAAGGGAUCUAGUCCCUGGACCCUUGGCUAAGGUCAUAAAUGGGGACUUAAUGGUAUAGGACCAAGACUGAAGUGUGGUUCCCACAACGUUGGACUCCAGCUGGCAGCUGAAAUGGAAAAGAUUGGGGAAGGGAGUUUGUUCUGUUCUUGUUUUUGUUUAUCCAAAAGCAGUUUCAGCAGGUAAACUGUGGAUGCAGGUAAUCUGGAGGCAUAAAGUCCUCGUCCAAAUUAGGGACUGUGGCUGCCCUCCCCCAAAAUUGAGUUUUUAGUUGCAGUAGAUCCUCAGUGUUCCACAGACCUGCAUCUCACCUCUUUGAGGGAGAAUAAGAUCAGGGAUGGCAUAUGAACUUACUUUGGCCUUCUUAGACACUGUUGAGACAAGGAAAAAUGGGAAAAACAGACAAGGGCUGGAUCUAAGAAGAGUGGGCAGUGCCUCUUCUUCCUCAGAAGAGCAAGAGUCGUGCCCAUGGGUAUUAUAAUGGCCCAUGCCCCACUGGUACUGAUAAGGUCAGCUCAAGUGCCUUUUGGAGGAAACUUGGGUGAAAAGGACCCACAAAGCCCUUUCCUUCUCUCUGGGCCAUUAGUCUUGGAUACAGUUUGUGGCUACCUCACUGUCAUUGAUUCCUAAAGCCAGACAGAAAUGUUGAGCAAGGAGUCAUGGAUUUCAAAGGAAUUCUCUCCUUGUGCCCCCUUAGAGACAACCCAGGACUAGUCCCAAGUUGGCUAACAGCUGUUUAGGAAAUAGGGAUUUGGCAGCCCUUGACACAACUGCUGAGCAGUAGGUGCGGUUCUUCCUGCCAAGUCGUAUCACUAUUCAGGUAGAGGAGUAGGGGUCUGGCCUUUGGUCUCAAAGUACAAGAUCUUGGCCUGCUUAGUAGUCAUCACACCCAACAAAUAAUGGGGUAUGAGGGAUGCUGCAGAGAAAGGGCCACAGGGAGAAACCUAAUGUGGGUUUUACUCUUAACCACAAUCUUUGCUCCUCUCUGCUCCAAACCACCACCAUGUCCACCCACCAAAACAGUGAUCAGGUGUGUGUAUGGAACACGAGUGCUUCACAUCUGUAUGCUUGGAGAAGGUGUCGUAUUAUUGAACCAAAUCCUUCUCUGGCCCUUGGCCUAAGGGAGAUGAACAUAAAACAGCCUCUUUACACCCACACCUGAAAGGAGCUUGAGGUCCCAGCAUGACCUGAGGAAUCCCUUUAGGGAACAGAAGGGCUUUGUUCAAUAAGGGGUUUUUUUUUAGAUCAGUUCAACAGGUUAGUGGUUAGGGUUUCUGACCCAAACCAGGAUUUGUAUGUGUGAAUUUUCUAAGGUGAAAUAAAAGAGCCUUUUUCUUCCUGCUUAAAAAGAUCCUCAUGACAGAUUCCAGGGUUUGGUUAGCCACCUCAUGUCCUACCCUGACAGGUGAUAGUGGGGGGACUGUCAUAAGCGUAAUCAUGGGAGACUGGGUGAACCUUAAGUCCCAAACUGUUGAUGGGAUCUGAAACGGCAGCCUCCAGGAUGUGUGAUUCAUUGCCUAGAAAAUAGAGGGAAUAGGCAACAGCAGCAUACUUCUGGCUACUACCUAUUCUGGGGAUUGGUGGAGAUACAAACUCUGCAUUCCUCUGAGGUAGAGAGAUUUCAGGGAAGAAUAAAGGAGACAUGUCAUCCUUUAGCUUUUCUUGUGAUGGCAUCUGAGCUCCUUUGCAGGAGACACUGAGGAAUGUUCGCUGCCAUGUGUUCUAGCUUUACGCCGACACUUAUUUGAUGUCUACAACUUACACCUUGGUCCUUGGAUCUGCCCUGUGGUUCCUGCAGGCAGGGGCAAAUUUCUGCAUGUGAGCCAACCCCCUUUCUGUUAAAGGCCUCCUCUGGGGCUGGGGCUCUUCUGUCAUUCGACUCUGGCAAGGAGUGUACACUGAAAAAGUUACUCUCCUAAAAGUGCUUUUGAAAGUGGGAGCCCUGUCCCUGUCACUUGGAGCUGGUCUUUCUGGGCUGGAGGUGUGGAGAGAAUCAUGAGUGAUCUGUGCCCCUGUGGGUAUGACUGCAUGUGCUACAUGAGAAUGUCCCCUGCACCCGGCAGAUGUCUGCUUCCUGCCUGGGUGGAUGGGUGGGAUGCAGAUGGCUGUGGCAGAACCACUCCUCCCAAGGCUUGGGCGUAGGGACUUAGGAGCAGGUGGUUAGUCCAGUUGUUCAGGUGCUGGUGUUCCAGGGCAAUGGAUAUGUGAGGAGAUGAGCACAGGGGUGACAGAGGGCCCAGGAGCCCUACUUCUACCCAGAGAACCCACAGACCAAGACCACUGCAAAGGCUCCUGGGCCCCAUGCCCACCCCUCAUUAGCUGGAAAGAUACCUCAGGGGUGUUUUGAAUGUGCAGAAGUGGAGCCAGGGCAGGCUCUGAGAGCAGGACAUGCAGUUGGGUGACCUGGGAAAGAUAGUGCCCAUUUCUAGGUGGGUUCCUGCACCAGGCCUGGCCAGCUCUGCCCUCCCCAGCACUCCCAUAUUUCCGUCCGCGCCCCCAGCAGCCUCUUGUCAUCACUUAGCUACUGAUUGUGCCCCAAGGCUUGGCAUUGGAGUGGGGUUAAGCGAGUAGCGUCCACCACAACUUUUAACCUCGCUAUAUGCUGUUUGCCUCCGCCGUGGCCCUGGGGCUUUCAUCUUCAACAAUUCCCACCUUUUUUUUUUUUUUAAUAUACUUAUUUUGCUAUGGGGGAGGGGACUGUUAAAUGAACGAGAUCACUUUUAAAUGGUAGUUUUUAUAAGAUGUUAUAAACUUGUAUCUUUUUACCAUUAAAGUGCAGUGUAUGUUCCUUCGUGAUAUAUUUAGGAUAUUUAAAUAAAAAGGGGGCUUUUCUACAUUCCAUCUCCU